AUGAAAGUGAAUUCAAUGUUUGGCAUUUUAUUACUCAUCAUUAUUCCGGUAUUAACUGAUAAGAAAAAUAUUAUGAAAAAUUCCAAAAUGGAAUCCUGGAUUUCUACACAAAAUUUUACAACAAUGAUCAAGAAAUCAUUUCUUUAUUCCAAAUGUUGCAAUAUUUUUUUAAGUGAUAAUGAAAAGGAUGGAAUAGAAAUGAAAAUAUUUUUGGUUAUGGCGGAGAAAUUAAAUUUUACUUGGACAAUACGAAAGUUGAAAAGCAACUACAGAUAUGGUCGACGCAUAAAUAGUACAGGGUGGAAUGGCGGCGUUAUUCAACUUGUACUAGAGAAAACGAUUGAUUUAGCAUUUGGAAAUGUCCGGUUAACACCGAAUCACUAUGAAUUCGUGAAUAUGUCCACACCGUGGGUUCAAAUGUUAACACAAUUUUUGGUACCGCGACCGCAACCAAUCACUAAUUUCUGGGCACUCAUGAGACCUUUCUCGAUGGGCACCUGGAUACUUAUAUUAAUCACGUUGAUUGUUAAGAGUAUAUAUAUGUAUGUACGAGCUAGAGUCGAUCCAAAAUUUCCAAAACGUUUUCAGAGCAUUUUUUGCACGAUUACGGAACUGAUCGGUCGUUUAGUGGGCACGUGGAUGCCUCGAAACACUGUCAAUGCUAGACUUGAAUUGCAUUUAUGGCAAACUGCAGGAUUUCUAUUGGUAACUGCAUUUUGCAGCAGUCUUGCAGCAAGACUUACGAAUUCGGAAUACGAAGACAGAAUCGAUACGAUACGUCAAUUUCUCGAGGCUAAUUUAUUAUGGGGUCAUAAAGGUCCAGAACCAUAUUGGUCUGACUAUCUUGACUUGGAUGAUAUUUACGCAAGCCAGUUGUCGUCAAGAUAUAUACCCGUGAGAGAUCAAGAGGCAUACAUACAUACAUUAAUCGAACAGCGUAAAUUUGCAAUUUAUGGAUUUGUCAUAGAUUCAAUCUUCUUUCCUGAAGAUGAUAUCUUCAACGAGUAUAUUAAAAUAAUGCUUUGGUUAAGAGAAAGUGGUAUCGCCCUCUUUCAUCUUAAUAAUGUUAUGCAUCGAAGAAUUAGUUUCAAUCUUCGUGAAGUUGUCAAGGAGCACGAUGGUCUUGAUGGAAUUUAUAGACGCCUUGGGCUGACACCAUUAGGUGUUGGAUUUUUAGUACUCAUUGUUGGUCUUCUAGCAUCUACAAUAGUAUUUUUCUAUGAGUUAAAACAAGCAUCUAAUUCGCGAUCGAUUCGUGAAGUAUUUCGAGAUAUCCAUAAGAAACGAAAAACAUACAAAUCAUCGACUUAUAAACGAAGAUAUCGUAAAGAAGUUGAGCCAAUAGAUCACAAUUUAGAUAAUAAAAAUUUCGACUCAUUUGUAAUUAAGUCUGCUGGUCAUACAACAAAUACUGAAUUUGCACGAAAAUGUAAUAAUAAGAUUUUUCAUAAUAAUUUAGGUAACACGUCAAUAUAA